CAAUCACUGCUUUUUGCCAAUAUUUUGAAGCUUUUCUCUUUUUUAAAUCCUUUGUAAUACUUCCCUUUAGUAAUUUCUGGUAUUCAGUUUUCGUGGUGGUGACAGUUUUUUGAUCCAGCAUUAGGAAUUCAAAAGAUUUAAUAAAUUGUGGAUUUAACUUACCAGCUUUAACGUUCUUCAGUAUUUGAUGAAAUUAGCUUUUGUGGAUUCGGUGAUUAAAAAUUUUGAAAAAAUGCACCAUUUUGCUAGAGUAAAUACUAUGACGUAAAUGAGAUAAUUUAUGGGCUGAGUAUGGAACACUUAUUUGCGUGAUUGUCACUUAUCAAAGUUUACUUAUCAGAAAAACAGAGUUCAAAUUAUUUCUAUUUCAAUAAUUAAAAGCAUAUAUAGUGCUUAUGCUAAAACGACCGUUACUUUACCUAGCGUCACUUACAUUGAAGUUAUUCUUCAUAUUCAGACAGAGUAAACAGAAAGCCUUGGCCGCAGUUACAAUCUAAUUAUUGGCUUACCACACUUUCUGGCUUUUGCAAUAAAAAUUGUUUGACAUUUUUGUGGCUCCAAAAAGAAACCAUUUGUCUUUUUAUUACUUGUCAUUUAUUAUUUAUUUUGCGUCUCUUUGUAAUUAGUUUACCAGUUUGUAAUGUCUGGCGUUCAUUAUAACUCGGCCAAUACGUCACACGACUGUAUUAAGAAUACAACAAGCCCAUCCAAUCCCCUCAGUUUGGCGUUCCCUGAAUGUCAAGGUCACGGCAAUGACGUAAUCAAUAACUUGACCUCAGUUGACCUUAAUGAUGAGCUGAGUCUGUUGUGGCUGAAGAUUGUGAGUGUUUGCUUGUUGAUUCUGAUGACUCUGGUUGGCAACAUGUUGGUUGUUGUGGCCAUCUGUUCCUCUCAGAACUUGAGAUCCAGUGUGACCAACUUAUUUGUUGCUUCGUUGGCGUUCGCUGACCUGCUUGUGGGCUGUCUGCUUAUGCCAGCAGCUGCUUCCCGGGACAUAGGACAGCAGUGGUUCUUCGGACACGUCGGCUGCUCUCUCUUCACCUCCUUCGACAUCCUCGGGUGCACUGCUUCCAUCCUCAAUCUGUGUGUCGUCUCAUAUGACAGGUUUUUGGCGAUAUCGGCUCCUUUCAAGUAUUCCCAGAUCAUGACCACCAAAGUGGUGGCUCUCCUGAUUUCGAUGGCCUGGCUCAGUGCUCUCAUGAUAUCUAUAGUUCCGGUCCUGCUCAAAUGGCACUUGAAGGAUCCUUCGGUGCUUCCCGUAGACUGUGAACUUACCCUAAACACACCAUACGCAUUGAUAUCCAGUGCAAUUUCAUUCUACAUACCAGCCAUGAUAAUACUCGGAACAAAUUGCCGAGUGUUCCUAAUAGCGAGACUACAGCAGAAGCAAAUCCGAAAAACUAACCUCCAGAUGUCGGUGUCGGUAAAAACAAGUGAAACCUGUUCCGACAGCAAAAAGUCACUGCGCAAAAUUAAAUCGGACCCGGGCGAGGAUAAAAGGGACCCCAAUAAAAGGUCCUUUAGAGGGCGUCAGAUUUUGUCCAAAAUUGGAGUUCCAAAGCCCCAUUUGAAGAAAAAUCAGAAGGCGACUAUCACAAUCGGAAUUAUCAUCAGUACUUUUCUGGUGUGUUGGACGCCCUUCUUUUUCUGCAAUGUGCUGUUCCAAUUCUGCUGUGAAAACUUCACUCUGUUCACGGUGGUCACGUGGAUAGGGUACAUCAACAGCUGUUUCAACCCUGUUAUCCUGUACUGCUUCAACAGGGAGUACAGGACGGCCUUCCAGCGUGUGCUUCGGAUUGAAAGCAAGAAUGCGAACAACCGGACUAUCUCUAUCGAAUUGGACGCUAAAUGCUGAUUACCUCAAAUUUGUUCCCAUUUGUCUGUGUAUUCCGUGGUGGUGAUUGAAAAAAACCUAGAAAUUUGCAACAAAAUUAAUUUGGUAGAAUCUUUUUUAUGUGACUUGCCAACGUGCAGAAAGGUCAGGUCAAGUUGCCAAGUGCUUCAAGUUGCCAAAAAGUAAAGAAUUCUUUUGGUUGAUUAGCUAUAUAGUUUCAGGUGUUGAGGCAUUGCCGCUCGUUAAGAAUUUCACUUUAAGACUUUCACUCGCUAAGGUUGCGCAUCGAAGUUUUGUCUAAAUAAUCGAGCGUUGA